AUGGGUAUUGAACCAGCAUUAGAAGCUAUUGCUAGAAAAUAUAAUUGUGACAAAAUGAUUUGCAGAAGAUGCUAUGCUAGACUUCCUCUCAGAGCUACUACUUGCAGAAAAAAGAAGUGUGGACAUUCAGGAGAUCUUAGACCAAAGAAGAAGAUCCAAUCAAAGAAAUAA